AUGGCGUUGCCAUUGUCUCUUCACCAUGACGAGGAUCGUUCCGUUCUCCUCUCCGAUUCCGAGGACGAUGAUCUGCUCCCCGCCCCCCGCAAGCCACGCGAACCAACAAGAUCGAAUUCCAAGGACCGCGAGGAGACCAUGCGCCAAAAGGUCAAAGAUGCGGCAGCCAACAUUCCAACCCACCCUAUCCCUGCUAUGCAGCCAGCCUUCGCCGAGUCAUUAAUCGAAGCCACCGACAGCCCUGCCGUACCAAAGCCGAAAAUUAGGUUCGCGUCACCUAGAGAACGCAGAAAUCACUUGCUAGAUGGAGCAAAGGGUGCGAAAUUACAUGGCGAGUUAUGGCGACGUCGACCUGGUCAAAAAUAUCAUGAACUCUGGAAACUCAUGGCCCAAAUAUCAUUCGGGGUAUAUCUAUUGUUGAACGGAAUUGCGAAUAGUAAUGAGCAGGUGGUUAGCAUACUUCAAGGUCAUAUUGAUGAAGUAGACGAAUUUCUCGAGACAACAUUGGAGGAUGUCAACAUUGCAAUUCAGGAUAUUCGGGAGCGUAUCGAUUUCCUGAAGUUACCAAUGGAGAAUAUUGCGACCUUCGAACAGAUGCUAGAGGACCGAAAUUUCCGUUUGCAAAUCGUGAACGGGAAUGAGAAGAUCGAACAUAUUAUCUCCCGGACGACCACCGCUCUCGAAGCGACGUCCACGGAUCUGAGUGAAGGAUUAGGAGCGACAAGACAUUUCGCCACGUAUCUAGGUGAUCAGCAAGAUCGGACUUGGCGUCAGCAGCGGCCGGAUGUUAUUGAGAUUUUCGAUGCUAUGAGGGGGAACGCUCAGGGCUGGUAUAAGGCCUUUCUUGGAUUGCAGGGUACAACAUCGACUUUACGCGGCUUGCUUAAUAAGCUUGACCGUAUGGUAGCUGAGAUGAAUUACCGUGCCGGCGAAGUGAGCCGAAGGACAAGGGCAAGCGUUGCUCCUUUUUCUAACCCAGCAGAUCAACCUCCACCAAGGAGUAUGUCACGAACUUCCUCAGCAACGCCAUCUUCUGACAGGCGCCCACAAUUGAAAAUUGAGAUUUCUAAGACCGCUUCUCAAAAAUCCGCGUCUGGCUCAACCGGUACUAGAUCGACCGUCAUGCUCGUCCAAUAUAACGCUCCAGUAGAGGCAAUGUCGCCUGUAGAACUUGAGGCAGAGGUUAUUCCGAGACCCGCUACGACGACUGGGGAGACUCUGAAACCUGUCGAAGAGGCGUCGAAGGCCGAGUCCCCGGAUGAUGAGGGCCUUUACGUCUUGCAACCACGAACUUAUACUCCCCAGCCGCCUGCACCACUACCCUCGCCGAGGGUCCAAGAUCCACCGAUUGUGAAGCAGGAGGAACCGCAGCCAAAACGGACGUCUUUGCGUGAAAGACUUUCCUUGAAAGGAAGUAAUUUGCCUGAGGCUAUCCAGGUCCCCCCUCGCAACCCGCCUGAACUUUUGAAGCCGAGAUACCUAAAUACACAACAACAAUCUCCCCGAUAUCAAUCCGUGCACGGAUACCAAGGCCCGGACUCUGCUUAUGGCUCCGACAAUGAGGCCCGGCCACCUGUCCAUUCAAUGACAGAAUAUGAUGGGAUUGAGAGAAUACCGCCACCAGUAUUUCCUGGUACGACUUUACCUUCUCCGCGAUCGGAUCAGCAGCAUUAUUACCCAGUACGAGCAAGUCCUCAUUCGCCUUUACAGCAGCGACCGUGGACGGCGGGUACGCAUGUGCAUCAACGCCAUGUGCGCAACCAGCCAUCUGCCAUGGGAAUGAGUACGCUGAGUAACGUAACGACGAUUAGUCCGGAACAAAAGACACUGAAGAAGAAACGCAGCGCUUUUGGAUGGCUGAAGAAGGCAUUUUCGCUUGAUGAUGAAGAGCGUGCCGAAUUUGAAGCGAGAAGAGCUCAACAGGCUCCAAAUCCAUACUAUGAAGGACGAAGCCCGAAGUUCCUAGAUGGAAAACGCCUCCCAGAAUACAGGCGUCAUUAA